UUCACGCGGAUCUCUCUCUAGUCGGAACUGCCAAAUCCGACCAAGAGAUUUUUAAUUUUUUCACCCACUCCAGUCGGAACUAUGCAAUCCGACUGGGACUUGAUAAAUACUCCAGCAACCCUCAUUCGAUUACUCAUUAGUUCAUCAUUAAUCCAUCACUCUCAGAUUUUCAUUCCCAUACAACCGUCCUCACAAGUUAGUUGCCCUCAAUCAAUCUCAAUUUUUUUAUUCUGAAGCAACGAUACUCACAACCAAAUCAAGUUAUCUACCCUUUGGGAUCAGACAAAUUUUGAGGAAUUUCAAAUGGACCAAAACACUUCGCGCCCAGGGCCUGUUAACUGUUCCCUACUCACGUUGCCACUGCGUGCCCAUCGUGCUGACCGUGUGUGGUAUGAACCAGAUUCCAAAGACUUGUGCUUAAAAUGUGUGAAUUGCCCUUCAGCUGCAUUCGCAGAUGAGGAGAGAGAUGAAAGAGUAAAAAAUAUGUUAGCUUAUGCUGGGUUCUUGGGGGUAGAGCACAUUGCCCGUAUGAAGGUGGAUCAUAGUUUAAUAUGCGCUUUGGUGGAGAGAUGGAGGCCGGAGACACAUACUUUCCAUCUUCCAUUCGGUGAGGUUGGCAUUAGCCUACAAGAUGUGGCGAUGAUCCUUGGUUUGCCCAUUCGAGGUAUGCCCCUUAGUGGUCCUACCAUUAAGGGUAAGGCUGAGUGGAUCAACCUGUGCACGCAGUCAUGUGGUUUCACUCCUUUAGAGAUUGAUAUGCGCACGAGUGAUAUCACCUUGAGUGCUGUUACCCGUCACCCGAUUGUACCUGAUAGUACAGACGAAGAGGUCACCGAACACACCAGGACCCUAAUAUGGCAAUUGCUUGGAGGGUUUUUGUUCCCUGACACGAGUGGGACAAGAAUACGAUUGUACUUUUUGGAAGUCUUGCAGGGUGACUUGGCUUUAGCCCGUCGAUGGAGUUGGGGAUCGGCGGUUCUUGGGUACCUCUACCAUAACUUGUGCAACGGCGCCAAGUGGGAAACCAAACAAGUUGGCGGCUGUAUGCACUUGUUACAGAUUUGGGCUUGGUCGAGGAUUUCGAUGUUCCGUCCCUCAGUACUUCAGGUCAUUCAACAUGACCAUCUUCCAUAUGGGUGCAGGUGGAUCGUCCCCAAGUCAUAUAAGGGAUCCCCAAGACAUUGCAUACGCUUGUACCGGGAUGACCUAGACCGCAUGAGUGAGAAUCAGUUUGAUUUCAUUCCCUACGCGUCCGAGACACUCCCACCUCUCGUCCUUAAUGAAGCUCCGCUUUGGUCGGCUAGGGUCAUGCUCAUAUUUUGCAAUAUGGCCGAAAUGCAUUACCCCGAUCGAUUUCUUCGGCAGUUCCAUAUAAGGCAAGAUAUUCCGAAUGCUCCUUUGACAGGUAAUGAUAAUCACGGCAAUCGUUCCAACAUAGUAGCUGGUGCCUUGGCGAUGUGGGCGAACAUACAACAUCACAUAUACUUUCUUGAUUACGCUCAACAUAUGUUCCUCGAAGCAACUAAUAGGUACCGAAAAUGGUACAAGAAGUAUGGUAUGACACGUGUCCAGAACCCUUCUCACAAUGUGCCCACGACAGGCUACACCCCGACAGCACACGAUUGGGGUAUUGUGAAGCAAGGCGUUCACGAGGUGUAUCAGCUCUUAGCCGAUCGCGCGAGUUAUGAGGACUGUCAAAAACGACUACGGCAGAUGGCCCUGGACGUAGGUGAUGAAGAGA